AUGUCAACCUCUUUGGCCAUGGAUCACCCGUCAAUCCUGUCCGACGCUGGAGACAGUAGCAGCAGCAGCAAUGAUCCAUUCUUGUCCCCUCCAUCUGUUUUGAGCGGCCACCGAUUCUCUCAUUUCGAUAAACAACUAUUUGCGCUCGGCCCCUCAACAUCUCCAGAACAAGCAAAACGGGCACUAGAAGCACAUCUUGCGGAGACGGAACGAAGAAUUCAGGAGGCUUCGAACCUCGGUACAACCCUUCUACAACAGAGGAAGGAUUUGGGCGAGCGGCUGAAGGAAGUUGAGAAACAACAGAGUGAAGGAGAUAUAACGCCUGAAUUGCGACAGAAACUGGUUGAUAUUGAGAAGGAAUACAAUGAAGUUGGGAGGGAGACAGCGAGAGCUUUCCUGCCAAAGUCGAGAGUGCCUAGCAGCGAGAUGGGGGCGUCACCUUUUACUGAUAAGCGUUCCGCAAGCCCAUCCAAAUUCGAAAGUCAAACUACGGCUACCGCUUCCCCAUCCAAAUUUAACGUUCCCAAUCGAAAGCAGCGAAAUCAACCUGCAAAUAGGGUACAUGAUAUCGAAUUUGCGACGGAAAUUAGCACCUCCUUGUUAGCACAAGUACGGCAUCUACAAGCACUCUUGGCGGAGAAGGAGGAAACACUCAAGACUGUUGCGCUCGAAAAGUCGAGGUUGGAAAUAGAGGCUGAAGGUUUUACUCAGCGAUUGAGGAGUCUUGAUGAAAGUGAAAAUAGGUAUAAGGACGAGAAUUGGAACCUAGAGACUCAAAUCCAUGAACAUUUGGCCGCGCAGAAAGAAGCCUCAGAACGUGAAAAGAGGUUGAUGCAGAGUCUAAGUCUUUUACAAGCCGAGAAAGGUGCUGCGCAAAAGGAACUGGAUGAGAUUAAGUUAAACCAUGCGAAGCUCCAAGAUCAACACACAUCCGAAGUAAAGCAUCUCGAUGUGGACUUAGGAACGGCUAAGCGAAGCAUGACGAUCUUAGAAACCGAAAAGAUGGCGCUUCAGAAGAAGGUUGAAGAGUUGAUGGGCCAAAAUCAAGAGCUUGCGCAAGCAGUUGCCCACCACCGAGCACGAAUCGAAGAGCGUGAAGCAUCCCAGGGUAGUGGCGAGGAAGAGCCUCAGUCAACAACUGACAACAAUACUCCUGAACAUUCUCCACCUCCGUCACCAGUUAAAAUGACCCCUAGACAUAGCAUGCUUGAAUCGGAAACCUUGAAGAGCUCUCUUCAUCACGCCCACAGAAUGAUCCAAAACUUGAAGGGCAAUAUUCACCGCGAGAAGACCGAAAAGUUAGAGCUAAAGCGCAUGCUGCAGGAGGCUAGAGAUGAGAUCGAGGUUGCACGUCGCGGUGAACCACAAGUAGACUCACCCGGACCGAGGAGAGCCCGAAAGACUGCCCCUAUUCAGGCCAAAAAGCCUUUCAAGGUGGGUCAACUUGGUGGUAUUAGGAACAGCAGGAGCGAAGUCUUGAUUGAGGAGGAUCAAGAAGAUCACUUUGAGGACAUUAACUGGGAGGAUGAUCAUGAACAACCGAGCCCCAGCCGUGGUUCCCGUUCUCUAGGCACCGCCUCUGGUGCCGCUCUUGCAGCCUCGAUGGCAGCUGGCGUUGCUAAAUCUUCACAUAGCGUUUUCGGUAGUUCCACUGACCAAAGUGAUGCAUUCGAGACGGCAAAUGAGCGUUCCACGGAGACGGAAGAUUUUCAGACUGGUGUAGAAGAUAUGGCUGGCUCGGAUGAUACGGACACGGAAACAGAGAAAGCCGCUACUAUUCGCGCAAAGGCUUCACGUCAAUCCAUGGCUUUGUCGAAGGCUGGCAAUCGUGAUUCUUUCCUGAGUACUGCUUCAACAUCCGAGGAUGAGUAUAUGUAUGAAGAUGCGAAAACACCGGGUACUCAUCCACAACGACUACGGCUCAAAGUCAGUCGUAAUGGCAACCGACGUUCACGCGUUGCUAAUGAGGAUACUGAAGGAGAAAGCCCAAUUGAUUUUGCCGAUAGUAGCAAGCAUACUCCUCAACCAGCCAGACAAAGCUUGUUUGCAGAAUUGGGCGACUUGGGAAGUGAUGAUGAAUCCGUUGCUUCGGGUCCUCCUAGUCGCUAUGCAUCAAGAGGCAAUACUCCACAGUCAUCAAGGCCAAGUACGGCCAGGAAUGUUCCUGCUUCAGUCAUACCGCCGUUGCCAAGAAUACCAAUGAUCGAUUCUGCUAUGAUGACUGAACCUUGGGAGCCUGAGUCUCGUGCGCCAACGACAACUGUUCCAUUAUUGUCAGGCCUGGCUGGUGCUACACUUGGUGCUGCUAGUGGUGUUGCCGCUGCCUUAGGCUUCAAAGCAGAGCAUGAUCGAGCUGUGUCACCAACUCCUGGAUCUGAAGCUCAACCACAAGCUCCUCUAUCCGCAGUCAAUGCUAUAAACAGUGAUUCUCUGAUGGAGGAAAGCCAGCCAAUAGUUUCACUUUCACAUAGUGAGCCCCAGGCAUUUGGCAUUGCACCGGAAACUGAGGCAACCAGGUCUAUUUCAAGACAGGAAGCUGACCCCGUUUCUUUACAAUAUUCCGGUAGACCUGCAAUGUCUGAAGCCGCUAGCCAAUGGCACGAAGAGCAAAUGAAGCAGCAAAUGGAGGGCUUAUUAAAGGUUCAACCGCAGCAUGAUUUAACGCGACCAGUGUCUACAACAUACAGUGACAUGAGUUCACAAUAUGAUAGUGAACUCAUUGAUGAGAAAUUGGAAAAAUUUCCAUCGCCCCCGGUCUCGCAGACUAAUACACCAAUGACAAGUCUGGCGGUGGUGGAAGGAGCAGCUCCAGAUGUUCCAUUGACAAUGUCCACAAUUCGAUCUGAACAUAUCGAAGCCGAACCAGUCUCAGAAGUUGAGCCAACACCAGCUGCUCCACUAACAUUGUCUACAAUUAAUUCCGAGCAAAUCGAGCAAGUUGAUGCCGAUCCAGCCCCAAUUGAGCCAUUAACGAUGUCUACCAUCCGUUCUGAACACGUUGAGCCAAUUGUUGAGGAAGUCCGCUCAGAACCAUCUGUUCUGCCAGCUAUCCUACCGUCCACUCCACAACGCUCAUCAAGACCUGAUUACUUUUCUGUGUCUCCAGGCUUAGGCUUCUCUGCCAUUAAAUCGGUGGAUACAGAACCUAUUGCGCCUUCUACACCGAGAAGUCCAAAAAGAGAUGGUGUUUUGCUCUCUAGAUUCCCAGCUUCGGAAAGUAAAUCUGUGAACGAGGAUGGAUUAGAGGCCAAAUCCCCAGUUGCAGAGAGUAUAUCCCUGGAGGAAGGGAAACCAGAGGGGUCUAAGUCAAAAGAAGAGCCUCAUACACCAAAGGCUGGCUUUAUCAGCUCCGUCUUCGGUGGUUGGAAUAGAAAGCAAACACAUGCGCCAAUUAUUGCUGAAGACGAAACGAGUCAAUCACAAAUUCAAUCACCAGUGGUAGAGACACCAGAGUCUCAACGACCAUUUAAGGUAAUAUCAGGUAACACUACUGAACGAUCUCCUAAGAAGCCGCGUGUCGAGAUGGCAGAUGAAAGUUCCCAAACCGCUUUGACUGCAGAACAAAUUGAUGAUAUGCUCAACAAAAGCAAGAGACAGGAAGCCAUCACCGCUCAGGACGGACCUAAAUCUGUCCUUCCUUCCUCACCACUUUUGACCAAUAUCCCACCAGCUCUUAAGACCCGCAAGUCACAAGAAAGUAUCGGUAGUGUUGGUCGUCCAAAGUCGAAGGGUCUCGACAUUGAAUCUCCCGUGGAUAUUAUCACUGGAAGGAGACCCACAAGCUCUGGAAGUGGUAGAAAUGCAUCCAUCUCAACCAUUCAUCCACCUCUACCAUCAGAUCAUAAGCAAGUUAUUGCUGCUGCGGCUCAACGCACAGGUUCUGCAGGUGGAUCUGGUGAUCAUAGACAUCUUACUACCCUUGCCGAGGACCAACAACAGCAGCCACAGCCACAGCCACAACGCACAGGUUCAUCCACUAGCGCUGGGACAGGUACUAUGGGCCCUCCACCAAUACCAUCUACCAACAAAAAUCGACCUAAGACCCCAAGCUCUCAGACUCAUGGGUCUUCGAAGGUAAUCUCAACUUCAAAAUACAGAAAUCCAUCAACUGAGCGUGAUGUAAACUCCCCGAGUGGCACUGGACGGUCAAGACAUUCCUCAGUAUCUUCAUUCGCAUCUGAGGUUGAUACUCGCUUCAAUCUGCGCGCUGGAGUUCCAAUGCCAGAAGGUGUAGAACCAAAUACUGAUCCAAGAAUGAUUAAUGCUAUCACUCAAACUAUGAUUGGUGAAUAUCUUUGGAAAUACACUCGCAAAGCCGGCCGUGGCGGAAUGUCAGAAAAUCGUCAUCGACGUUAUUUCUGGGUUCACCCGUACACGAGAACGUUGUAUUGGAGUGAUAGAGAUCCUUCAACUGCCGGCCGUUCGGAGCUAAAGGCAAAGAGUGUCGCUAUUGAAGCUGUUCGAGUUGUAACUGAUGAUAAUCCCAUGCCACCUGGAUUACAUCGCAAGAGCUUGGUUAUCUUGACACCUGGUCGAACUGUUCAAUUUACUGCUAGCACAGGACAACGUCAUGAAACCUGGUUCAAUGCUUUGUCCUACUUACUUCUGCGUACAGGAGAGGAUGCUGUUACCGAUACUGUUGAAGUUUCCGGUGCGCUGACAAGCGAGGAUGUUAAUGAAUUCAAUCCAGGAUAUGGUCACGCACAUCUUGGUAGCAGACGAGCGCCUCCAUCUCUUUCAUCAUACAAUAGCCGAACUACUCGUAACGACUCACCGAUAAGCAAGGAUAGAAGAUACUCUACCAUGCAUCCGCGUUUAAGCUCAAGGCCGUCAAGGCCAUCAUUAGGUUCGGCUACUUUCUCUCGACUUAGCAGUUACCUCUUGCCUGGCGAUGGAAACAGAUCUUUCUCUGUUAGACGAAGCCGAAGUGUCAAUGGAGCUAAAAGCAUUUACGAAGCUAGUGAGGUCCAAGAUAGUGCUGAGGAUUUGAGAGAGCAAAUCGAAAGACAAGACCGAGAAUCGGAUAGACUAGAGAAUGUGCGAGCAUGCUGCGAUGGAAAACAUGAUGUCGGGCAUCUCCAUCAUGAAACUCCAAAGGGCCGCCAAACGAUGAGUGUAGCAUCAGGAUCUUAUCGACAGACACAUCGUGCUUCAAGCCGAACCAGUCAGAGACCCAGCGAGCCAAGUCAACAGACAUAA